CCGCCGCCGCCGCGCGCCCCGACACCGCCGGCCGCGAGGCCCAUCUCCCCGCUUGUUGGACGGAAGUGCUCUCGGGUCUCUGCGCUGUGGACAUGUCUGGCACUGAGAGGCAGAGUCAAGGCGCCCAGGCGUGUCCUGCCUCUUGAGGAGUCCAGGAAAACGUCCUCCCGACGCCGGGAUCCUAUACAGCACAUCGUGCCUGAGACCCUGCUCGGCAGGUGCGCCCCCACAGGCCCUACCCGGUGUUAGCCCUUCGCUGCUGUCCGGGGCAUCAGGGAUGGGGCCUGCUCAGCAAGCUGGCGUAGCGAGGAUGAGCUUCGUCUUAGCCGCUUACCGGCUGGCGCUGGGCCUGCUCGUGACCUCGUUGACUGGGUCUUCCCUGCAGAACAGCGAGUGCCCACAGCUCUGCGUGUGUGAGAUCAGGCCCUGGUUCACCCCGCAGUCGACAUACAGAGAAGCCGCCACCGUGGACUGCAACGAUCUCCGCUUGACGAGGAUCCCCAGCAACCUCUCCAGCGACACCCAGGUGCUGCUCUUACAGAGCAACAACAUCGCCAAGACCGUGGACGAGCUUCAGCAGCUCUUCAACCUGACCGAGCUAGACUUCUCCCAGAACAACUUUACAAACAUUAAGGAGGUAGGGCUGGCCAACUUGACCCAGCUCACCACCCUGCAUCUGGAGGAGAAUCAGAUCACGGAGAUGACUGACCACUGUCUACAGGACCUUAGCAACCUGCAGGAACUCUACAUCAACCAUAACCAGAUCAGCACUAUCUCUGCAAACGCUUUCUCGGGCUUAAAAAACCUCCUAAGGCUCCACCUCAACUCCAACCGGUUGAAGGUUAUUGACAGUCGCUGGUUUGACUCAACACCCAACCUGGAAAUCCUCAUGAUUGGGGAGAACCCCGUGAUCGGCAUUCUGGACAUGAACUUCAGGCCCCUCUCGAAUCUGAGAAGCUUGGUUUUGGCGGGGAUGUACCUCACGGACAUUCCUGGAAAUGCCUUGGUGGGCCUGGACAGCCUCGAGAGCCUGUCAUUUUAUGACAACAAAUUGGUCAAAGUCCCUCAACUUGCCCUGCAAAAAGUUCCCAAUUUGAAAUUCUUGGACCUUAACAAAAACCCCAUCCACAAAAUCCAAGAAGGGGACUUCAAAAACAUGCUCCGGUUAAAGGAACUGGGCAUCAACAACAUGGGGGAGCUGGUGUCCGUGGACCGCUAUGCCCUGGACAACCUGCCCGAGCUCACCAAGCUGGAGGCCACCAACAACCCCAAGCUCUCCUACAUCCACCGCGCGGCUUUUCGAAGCGUCCCUGCCCUGGAGAGCUUGAUGUUGAACAACAACGCCUUGAACGCCGUCUACCAGAAGACGGUGGAGUCCCUCCCCAACCUGCGUGAGAUCAGCAUCCACAGCAACCCACUGCGCUGCGACUGUGUCAUCCACUGGGUCAACUCCAACAAGACCAACAUCCGCUUCAUGGAGCCCCUGUCCAUGCACUGCGCCACGCCGCCCGAGUACCGCGGGCACCCGGUCAGGGAGGUGCUGACCCAGGACUCGAGCGAGCAGUGCCUCCCCAUGAUCGCUCAUGACACGUUCCCGAACCAUCUGAACACGGAGAUCGGCACCACUGUCUUCCUGGACUGCCGGGCCAUGGCCGAGCCGGAACCUGACAUCUACUGGGUCACGCCCCUGGGCAGGAAGAUAACCGUGGACCUGCUUUCAGAGAAGUACAAGCUGAGUGGCGAAGGCACCUUGGAAAUAACCAGCAUCCAGAUCGAAGACUCGGGGAGAUACACCUGCGUCGCCCAGAAUGUCGAAGGGGCGGACACGCGCGUGGUAACAGUGAAGGUCAACGGGACGCUUCUGGAUGGCACCCAGGUGCUGAAGAUCUACGUCAAGCAGACAGAAUCUCACUCUAUCCUGGUGUCCUGGAAGGUGAGUUCGAACGUCAUGACGUCAAACUUGAAGUGGUCGUCGGCCACCAUGAAGAUCGACAAUCCCCACAUCACCUACACGGCCAGGGUCCCGGUGGACGUGCACGAGUACAACCUCACGCAUCUGCAGCCUUCCACGGACUACGAAGUGUGUCUCACCGUGUCCAACAUUCACCAGCAGACUCAGAAGUCCUGUGUGAACGUCACCACCAAAAACGCCGCCUUCGCCCUGGACGUGUCUGACCAGGAGACCAGCACGGCCCUGGCCGCGGUGAUGGGGUCCAUGUUCGCGGUCGUCAGCCUCGCCUCCAUCGCUGUGUACACCGCCAAGAGGGUUAAGAGGAAAAACUACCACCAUUCUUUAAAAAAGUAUAUGCAAAAGACCUCCUCGAUCCCGCUGAAUGAGCUGUACCCGCCCCUCAUUAACCUCUGGGAGGGCGACAGCGAGAAGGACAAAGAGGGCCCCGCAGACCCCAAGCCCACACAGGUGGACACAUCCAGAAGCUACUACAUGUGGUGACCCAGUGGCUAUUUCGCUUCUGGUAGUAAGGAGCACAAAGACGUUUUUGCUUUAUUCUGCAAAAGUAACAAGGGGAAGACUUGCGUAUUUUUGACUUUGCUGGUUUGUGGCAGAGCGGAGAGGACGGGUGGAUAUUUCAGAUUUUUUUAGUAUAGCGUAUCGCAAGGACUCGACACGGCUGGCGGCGGCGCCUGCUCCGGCUGUGUUUGGUUUUUAUUCUUAUCAUGAUUAUGAUUAUUAUAUUAUUCUUAUUCCUAUUACUUUGUUUUAGUUGUUGUGCUAAACUCAAUAAUGCUGUUCUAACUACAAUGCUCAAUAAAAUGAUGACUGGCAGGCCGGGGCCCCUGUGCUUUCACCAGUAGCAAGAGCCCCCCCUUCUGAAGCCAUCUGUGGGAGGCCCCGUGUCCCCGAAGAGCUGCGCGCAGUCCUGACGCCUGCGGGCUGGAGCGCGGAAGCUGAGGCCGGCCUUGUCACCUUCUGGAACACAUUAGUUGGCUGUACUGUAACGUUGUAUCAACUGAACUGAAUGUUUACCUUCCAACAAUACCUUUUUUGGUAAUAGUUAAAGAGGCUUAGAACAAGCUAACAGGCAAUAGAAAUAUGUAUAUCAGAUUUUUUAAUGUAACAAACUACACGUUAAUUGUUACCUUAUUCUUUUUAUCUUUAGUAGACACUUUUAAAAGAAAAGACAAUAAUUUUUGUUGUGUUUGACUCACCAACGUGGUGUGUAAUGAAGACGGAACUAUAAUAAAUUAGUUUUGUUCUGAUUUUUUUAGAACACUUGCAAUAAUGUAUUGUUUCCAGUUCUUGCCAGUUGCAGGGGUGGCACUUUCCACCAUGCGGAGAACCACCACCAAAAUAAGUCAGCUACAGCAUGUUGCUUUUAAAACCGGGCCUAAAAAGUUUUGAUUCUUUUUCUAAGUGAAGAAAUGCCUAUUUCAAUGAAUGUAAUUUCUAUAUUUUAAAUAUUACUGGCCAGAACAUGAGGAGGGAGGCGUUCCUGUGCAGAAUAAAGGUGUGCUGUAGCCCGUGAAUUACACACGGGAAGAGACAGGCAGACGGUGCACGCUUCACAUUCCUUUUCGGCAAGGGCUUG